AUGUCACAGUGCAAAACUGCCAAUCCCCUGCACUCCCUGUAUCAACUGCACAGGGAUGCAGAGCACAGGGACGGAGAGCACAGGGACACAGAGCACAGGGACGCAGAGCACAGGGACAGAGAGCACAGGGACACAGAGCACAGCGACGCAGAGCACAGGGACAGAGAGCACAGGAACAGAGAGCACAGGGACGCAGAGCAUAGGUACAGAGAGCACAUGGACAUAGAGCACAGGGACGGAGAGCACAGGGACGCAGAGCACAGGGACGCAGAGCACAGGGACACAGAGCACAGGGACGCAGAGCAUAGGGACGCAGAGCACAGGGACAGAGAGCACAGGGACGCAGAGCACAGGUACAGAGAGCACAUGGACAGAGAGCACAGGGACGGAGAGCACAGGGACAGAGAGCACAGGGACACAGAGCACAGCAACGCAGAGCACAGGGACGCAGAGCACAGGGACACAGAGCACAGCGACGCAGAGCACAGCGACGCAGAGCACAGGGACGCAGAGCACAGCAACGCAGAGCACAGGGACGCAGAGCACAGGGACACAGAGCACAGCGACGCAGAGCACAGGGACACAGAGCACAGCGACGCAGAGCACAGGGACACAGAGCACAGGGACCUUCUCCAUGGAAACAUGCAGUCGAGAGGGUCCUGUGCUCUCUUCGUGCCUCAGAACCUGCAGCCUCAGCUCCUCACGUUCGCCAUAAAAGAUGUUUUACUCGGUCAUAAAGCUGCCGCCCCGGUGCAGGCCCUGACUCGUAAUCGCGCCGUCCAGCUGCGUCCGCCGCCCGCCACGUUAAUGAGAAUAUGA